AUGGAGCAGGACCCUGGAUUCAUUGCCGCCGUGGAAGAGGCGAAGAAGGGCCUCGCGGAGGGUGGAGUGCCCAUCGGCGCAGCCCUGGUCUCAAAGGACGGCAAGAUCCUUGGCCGUGGACACAACAUGCGUGUUCAGAAGGGAAGCGCAGUUUUACACGCUGAGAUGGCUGCUCUGGAGGACUCCGGCCGUCUUCCCGGCUCGGCCUACGAGGGCGCAACAAUGUACACCACUCUGUCGCCCUGCGAUAUGUGCACAGGCGCGUGCAUACUGUACAAUGUCAAGAGAGUCGUCAUCGGGGAAAACAAGAACUUCGUGGGUGGAGAGGAGUAUCUGCUGAGCCGGGGUAGGGAAGUGGUUGUUUUGGAUAACGAGGAGUGCAAGGAAUUUAUGGGGGCAUUCAUCAAGGAGAAACCAGAGCUUUGGAAUGAGGAUAUUGCCGUCUAA